AUGGACCAAGAGUAUCGGAACCCAAGAACGUCGGCGUCGGUGUCCCAUUUCCACCUGCAUCAUCCAAUGAGGAUGACGAUUCCUCCACCACCGUCUCCUCAACCUACGCCUCCGGUUCCUGCUCAUGCUGAAAGUGAUCAGAGUACGUCAGAGCUUCGCUCUCUCGAUUGUAAUCUCACUUCUUUAUGCGAUCAUAUUCAAUCGGAAGGUUUCGGCUCUGGUGCCUUUUCCGAUGUUGUUGUCAAAGCCAUGGGAUCCAGUUACAACCUUCAUCGACUAAUUUUAUCUCGCAGCUCCUACUUCAGGAACAUGCUCCAAGGUCCUUGGAAAGAAGCAAGCUCUCCGGUUGUAAACUUACUUGUGGAUGAUAAAAAUGUUAAUGGAGAAGCAAUUUCUGUUGCUUUGGCUUAUCUCUAUGGGCAUCAUCCCAAGCUUGAUGAUGAUAAUGCUUUUCGUGUUUUAGCUGCAGCUACUUUUCUUGACCUUCAGGAUUUGUGUGCGAUAUGCACUGAUUUUAUUAUUUCUGAGCUGAGGACUUCAAACUUCCUGGCAUAUCAGGUGUUUGCAGAGAGCCAAGACUAUGGCAUGCAUGGAGAACGUGUAAAAAAUGCUUGCUGGGGUUAUCUCUGUCAAAGUGGUGCCAUGGAACUGAGAGAGAUGCUGCCAAAGCUCUCUGCACAGACUUUAUGUGCAUUGCUGACUUCUGAUGAACUAUGGGUACCUAGUGAAGAAAAACGGUUUGAACUGGCAUUGUAUGCCUUCAUAGCAAACAGUGCUCUUUCUAACUCAGAACAUCCCAAUCAAGAUUCCAGUUUUGAGAGAGGGACAAGCUUUCCUGUAGAUUCCGCUAUAUCGAAGGGGAAAAAUUUGAUGGAUAAUUUUUCCUUCAAGAGUUUGGACUGUAAGUUAGGUCGUUUGGAUUUAAAACAUGACCUAAGGGAUACUAGUGAUGACGUGAUUGUUCCGCUCGCAGAAGGUGUUACUGAUUUCCAAAGAGGAGUUUCCGGUUCAAACCUUGUGUUUCAGCCAUCUGUUAACCCACAGACAAGUCUUGGUCGUACAUGCACCAGCGUUGUUGAUAAGACAGAAGGCAGUGGGGUGGCAAAUGAAGGACCUUCUGAAGAAGCAUACCACUUGAGUAAUGAUAGUUGGUUAUCAGGAGCAGACUCUAGAAAUUCUCCUGCUUUAGGUUCUUCCUCUGCUGGUUUUGUGGUCAAUGACUGGGGAAACUGUGGUGAUUCUGCUCUUACCUGGGGUGGACGGGUUGUGGGACCGAGGCAGGUUACAGGUUGUGUUAAAGGAAAAUACGGGUUUACGGAGGAAGAAUACAAUGCGUUUGUGAACACGUUUGAAGGUGGUUCGCUUCUGUAUUGCAAUAUGUCUUUUGAAGUGCUUCUGAACGCAAGAAAACAACUUGAAGAGUUGGGUUUCCCUUGUAAAGCCGUGAAUGAUGGCCUCUGGUUGCAGAUGCUUCUAAGUCAGAGAGUGCAGGAAGUUGCUGCCGACACAUGCAAAAGGUGUUGCCUUAUCAGUAUCGCAUGCGCGUGUAAACAGGGAUUUGGGGUUUCACAUGGUGCAACCUUCAACAACUACUAUUGCCAAGACAACGUGCAGAACAAUAUGAUGGGAGACAUGGAAAACAUGUAUGCGACGGAGGCUUCUCAAGGUGAAGGAAUAGGCAUCUUUAAGCCUGUGAGGAUUAGUGUUAGAGGACAACACAUUGAUGGACUUGCUGGCAUUGGAUGCGAAUCUACGUUUGUACCACCACCUGCUUGGCCUCCUGCGCCUUUUGUGUACUCUCGUGUCCCUAUUAACAGAAAUGGUCAACAACCUAUUGCGAGUGAUGGUUCUGAAGGUAGAAUCGAUCAAAGUGGAGAAAUUACAAAAGACGGCUUGACAGCUUUAGUUGGGCUGAGCCAAGGGACAAGCAGUGUUGGAAACUAUACUCGUGGGGAUCAGAAUGAGGGAGGGCGCAGCAGUGGAGAUACUGUUGGAAUGUCAAAACCAAAAGAAUCUUCAGUAGGGAGUGAGUGGGAGAACGCAAGUUGUACCAUAUCACUCGAUACGAGGACACCUUUGUGUCACUUUCCUCCUUUUCGUUUUGGAGUUGAAUUUGUGGAUGUGCAUAGACUAGCUAACGGUCAUGUAGAGCAUUCUCCUGAAUUCUUCUAUGCUGGUUCUCUGUGGAAGAUAAGCAUUCAGGCGUUCAAUGAUGAAGACCCUCAAGGACGCCGAACUAUUGGAUUGUUUCUUCACCGUCGUAAAGCAGAGAUAGUGGACUCACUAAGGAAGGUCCACGUUUAUAUAGAUCCUCGGGACAAAGUUACUGCACGUUACCAGUUGAUCUGUCCGUCGAAAAGAGAAGUGAUGUUGUUUGGGAGCUUCAAGCAGAGCGGAAGUCUAUUGCCGAAAGCUCCCAAAGGGUGGGGAUGGCGCACCGCACUGCUCUUUGAUGAGCUCUCUGAACUUCUCCAGAAUGGUGCUCUCAGAGUCGGUGCCGUGGUACAGCUCGUCUGA